GAGCUGUACUUCCUGAGAAUGCAAAGGAGCAGAGAAAAGAUGGAUCGAGACAAAAUGGAAGAACAACAGAAUCCGUGUAAGAGGAAGUUGAGGGUGUGUGUAGCGACAUGCAACAGAGCAGAUUACUCCAAGUUGGCCCCCAUCAUGUUUGGGAUCAAAUCCCACCCUGAUGAGUUUGAACUGGAAGUGGUUGUGCUUGGGUCACAUCUCAUUGACGACUACGGGAACACUUUUCGAAUGAUUGAACAGGAUGACUUUGACAUCGGCUCAAAGCUCCACACUAUUGUUCGGGGAGAAGACGAAGCCGCUAUGGUUGAGAGUGUUGGGCUGGCGCUGGUGAAGCUCCCUGAUGUCCUACAGAGACUUCGGCCGGACAUCUUGGUCGUGCACGGUGACCGAUUCGACGCUCUUGCUCUGGCUACUGCCGCUGCUCUGAUGAACAUUAGAAUACUUCAUCUGGAGGGAGGAGAGGUCAGCGGUACAAUCGAUGAUUCAAUCCGUCACGCCAUCAGUAAACUGGCCCAUUACCAUGCCUGCUGCACACGCAUGGCGGAGCAGCACCUCAUCGCCAUGUGUGAGGACAGCUCUCGCAUCCUCCUGGCCGGAUGCCCCUCGUACGAUAAGCUGCUGUUGACUCAUCACAGAGAUGAAUACAUGGACAUCAUCAAGAGCUGGUUAGGUGAAAAAGUACAGGACCAUGACUACAUCGUGGCGUUGCAGCAUCCUGUCACCACAGACAUCCAGCACUCCAUUAAGAUCUAUGGGCUGAUGCUGGAUGCGCUGCUCUCCUUCAAUAAGAGGACGCUCAUCCUCUUUCCUAACAUUGACGCUGGAAGUAAGGAGAUGGUACGUGUCAUGCGGAAGAAGGGCAUCGAGCAGCACCCCAACUUCCGGGCAGUGAAGCACAUUCCAUUUGAGCAGUUCAUCCAGCUUGUUUGCCACGCAGGCUGUAUGAUCGGAAAUAGCAGCUGCGGCGUGCGAGAGGCCGGGGCCUUUGGCACACCAGUCAUUAACCUGGGAACAAGGCAAACAGGCAGAGAAACCGGUGAAAAUGUCCUUCAUGUCAGAGAUGCUGACACUCAGAAUAAGAUCUACCACGCUCUGGAGCUGCAGUUCGGAAAGAGAUACCCCUGUUCCAAGAUUUAUGGAGACGGCAGCGCAGUGCCUCGUAUUCUCAAGUUUCUGCGUACGAUUGACCUGGACGAGCCCCUCCAGAAGACUUUCUGCUUCCCUCCUGUGAAAGACCCCAUUUCUCAGGAUAUCGAUCACAUUCUGGAGACUCGGAGUGCUCUGGCUGUUGAUCUGGGAGGGACCAACCUCAGAGUGGCCAUUGUGUGCAUGAGGGGAAAUAUCGUGAAGAAAUACACAGAGGCCAAUCCAAAGACAUUUGAGGACAGGAUGUGUCUGAUAUUAAAGAUGUGUACAGAUGCCAUGCGGGAUGCAGUGUGCCUCAACUGUAGAAUACUUGGUGUCGGAAUCUCCACCGGAGGCCGCGUAAAUCCACAAGAGGGGGUCGUGCUACACUCCACCAAGCUGAUCCAGGAGUGGUCUUCGGUGAACUUGAGGACGCCCAUCUCGGACGCCUUGCACCUGCCUGUUUGGGUGGACAAUGAUGGCAACUGUGCCGCAUUGGCUGAGAGGAAGUUUGGCCAUGGGAAAGGAGUGGAAAACUUUGUCACGGUUAUAACAGGAACAGGUAUUGGAGGAGGAAUUAUCCAUCACAACGAGCUGGUUCAUGGCAGCACCUUCUGUGCUGCUGAGCUCGGUCACAUUAUGGUUUCUCUGGACGGUCCCGAAUGUUCCUGUGGCAGCCAUGGCUGCAUAGAGGCCUAUGCAUCCGGCAUGGCACUGCAAAGGGAGGCCAAAAGGCUGCACGAUGAGGACCUGCUGAAGAUAGAGGGGAUGGAUAAUAAACUCUCUGAGCCAAUCACAGCUGCCCACCUCAUCAGUGCAGCCAAACUGGGAAACUCAAAGGCUGAUGCUAUUUUGCACAAAGCAUCCACAGCACUCGGUGUUGGGAUCGUAAACAUCCUGCACAUAGUAAACCCAUCACUGGUGAUUCUGUCUGGAGUCCUUGCCUCUUUUUACCAGGGUCCAGUUCAGCACAUCAUCUCAGAGAGAGCUCUCUUAUCUGCCCAGAACAUCAAGGUUGUCGCCUCAGACUUGGAAGAGCCUGCUUUACUUGGAGCUGCAAGCAUGGUGUUAGACUAUGCAAUGAGAAGAAUAUACUGAGGGAUCUUUAGUUGUCACUCUUUCCUUUUUUUUUUUUUUUUAAAUGAUUUGGUGACGGUCAACAACAAUUUAUUGAAGUUACAGUUUCAUAAUGAAAAUGGGCUAUAAACGUAUGCUCACUGUGUUAAUUAGAUGGGUAUUCACUUUAAAUGUAUUCAUUGCAUAUUUUUUUCUUUAUGUAGCGGUUUCUUUUUCAGGGGCUCAAAUAGAUUACGGUACAUUAUUAUGGAUGCUUUGCCUUGGGAUUAUUGAGCUGGCCUUAAUUGUUAUUCAUAGAUCCUGCCUUUAGUUUAUUGUUUAGGAAAAGAAUGCAGCUCAUUUGGGCUAAAUAGCACUUGGACUUUGACCUGGCCUUUAACUUCUAAAGCUGCUCUGGGUUUGGCAUCAUUGUCUCAAAACUGUUAAGCCCAUAUCCAGGAAAUGUUCCUGCAUUUUGCUGUCUUGUUUUUCUUUAGCAGACUGGAUAUCCAAGUACAGACUAAAUAAUGCUGCUUCUUUCAUCUAACAUGAUUAGUGACCUGCGCCAUUUAAACUGUUUGUGCCAGUGCCUUUACCAAAUUUUUGUAAAGUCUAAGAACAGUCUGUUUCGCUUGCAUAGAAAGCUUAAUUGACCACAUUGAGGAUUUGUCAUUAAAAAAGAAAUUAGAAUUCUUGAAACCUUUCAAAGAUUCAUAGUUUGAUAUCUUCUUAUCAGAGCUGAACGCCUUAGCUUAUGGUUUCAUUUCAUUAUAUAACUGUAACUUUAGUUUGUUUUGUUAAACAGCAGGGGUAACAAAGCUGUCCUAACUGUCCAAAUAUUUCUUAACCCAACUCUAGUUCUGAUAUAGUAAAGACUGCUUCCAACAAGAGGACCCAAAACCUGGCUGUAGUGCCAAUGCUACCCAUUAAAAUGAAUUCUUCAAAGAGAAUUUGUAAAGCUUGAGUGAUAGCUGAUGUUGUGAAAUCACUAUGCCAAUGUGUUGUUUGAAUUUCAGUUUUCUAAAAAUCCAGCCUCGUUAUAUGUUGCCUAAACUGAAAUCAAGGUUGUAGACCCAUAGGUUCUCUGAAAAAAGCAUCAAAUGUGACCAAAAUAUUGCAGACAUUCUCCUGUAUAGAAGCGUUUUAUUAUUAUUAUAUAUUUCUUUCUUGAUUGCUUUUUUUAAAGAUUUUUUUUCCAAUUUUAUAUGAAUCUUUUAAGAAAAUCAACUUGUUUCCGAAUAUAUCUUACUGAGAAGAGAGGUACUAACCGCUUAUGGGACAUUUCCAUGUUUUGUUAUUAGUUGAAUUAUUCUACGGUGGUAUUUAUCAGAUGCUAGGACUAUGCUGGCAUAUAAAUUAAAUGUUAAGGCCAAAACUGCUUUAACCUUUUGACUUCUGUGUUUUUUCUUUUGUAUGCAUUACAUUACUAAUAACCAUUAGGGUAGCUUUUUACAUAUAACAUAGAUGGUCGUACAUGCAAUACAAUACAUAUAAUACUACACACUACAUUGUACAUUAUGUGAUAGUUUUAAUGUAUAAAUAAUUGUCUACAUGGAUUGAUGUUGGUCCAAAUAAUUAAUUAACAUUUCAAGUAUUUCCAAA